AUGAGCGAACAACAAAAAACUAUCAUUGUCGUGGGUGGAGGUUUAGCAGGUCUCACAGCAGCUAUUGAAGCACACAGUCAUGGCCAUACCAAGGUGAUUUUGAUUGAAAAGGAAAAGAAUAUCGGUGGAAACUCCAUGAAGGCAACGUCAGGUAUCAAUGCUAUUGAACCUCUCAACGAUGAUACUCGCGAUUCUUUUAUUCAGGACACUUUAAAGUCGGGUGCAGGCAUCUGUCGCGAGGAUCUCGUGGUAAAGUUGGUAGAUGAGAGUAGGCCCGCUCUUGAUUGGUUGAUUAAACAAAGUGAGUUGGAAACAGGAAACCCCACUCUGGACCUGACUGCUGUUUCCCGUUGUGGUGGACAUUCUCAUGGGCGUACACAUCGUUGUCCUUCUCAAAAUGGCCGUCCUGUCCCAGUAGGUUGGAAGCUAGUAGAUACUUUAAAAAAGAAGCUUACGACUUUAUCUGAUGUCGAAAUCAUCACGAAUGCGCGUGUCUUGAGUUUAUUGACUGAGCUCGGCCCCAACAACCAAAACAAAGUUACAGGCGUCGAAAUUUCCAAGAAGAAUGUUGAGACUGAAGAAGAAACAAAAGAAAAGAUCAACGCAGCUGCUGUUAUUUUAACAAGUGGUGGUUUCGGAGGGCAAACAGGCAAACAUCUUCCUGAUGGUAAAAGUUCUCUUUUGAAUGAAUUUGCACCUCAAUUGAUUGAUACUGCCACCACAAAUGGUCCUUGGGCCAAUGGCGAUGGCGUUCGUCUCGGGUUAGCUGUGGGAGCCGGAAUUAGAGAUAUGGACCAAGUUCAAGUACAUCCUACUGGGUUUAUUGAUCCUAGUGCCCCUACUGCUCCCACUAAAUUUUUGGCCCCAGAAGCACUUCGUGCGUAUGGCGGUAUCCUUUUAAAUGGUCAAGGCAAACGUUUUACAGAUGAGCUUACUCUGCGCGAUAUUGUCACUGCUGCUGUAUAUCGUCAGACAGGAUCUACUCAUAGCCAUGCUCAAAGUCUUAUGAGUAAAACAUUGCCAGAAAACUACGCCGCCGCAUAUAUGGUUUUGACCGAGGAAACAGUCGAGGGGUUUGGAAAGAGUACUUUGGGUUUUUAUGCAUCGAAAGGAUUCUUUACUCAAGUGAAAGGAGUCGAAGGUCUGGCCGAAGUCUUAGACAUUGAUGCUAAAGAUUUGAAACAAGAAUUUGAAGAUUACGAUGAACAUCUUUCGAAUAAAAAGCCAGACAGCUUUGGAAAAACAAACUUCCCUGGACGCCUCUUACCUGAAACUGACACUACCUACUGGGUGGCUUUGAUCACUCCCGUUGUUCACUAUACCAUGGGGGGCCUUGAAAUGAAUCAGGAUGCAGCCAUCUUAGCAGAAGAUACCUCCGACGUUAUCCCUGGUUUAUAUGGCGCAGGUGAAGUUACUGGCGGUGUUCACGGCCACAACCGUUUAGCAGGUAAUUCGCUUUUAGAGUGCGUUGUAUUCGGUAGAACAGCUGGUCAAAGUGCAGCUCACUAUGCCCAAAACGAAGCAUAA